CCUGACUGCCGGAUAUUUACACCGAGUACAAGAUGUCGGCGGCGAUCUCAUCCCUCGUUUCUUACGGCUCCGAUUCUGAUUCUGAUUCGGAAAAGGAGAGCAAAACGAGCCCCGACCGGAAUGACCCUGACGCUACUGUUCACCUCCAUCCGUUGGGUCCUGGGAAAACAUCGAUACAGGUUCUGAAUUCGGCCCCGGAGGUCGCAGUCAAGGAAGAUGUGGAGACGGGGUCUCACUUGGAUCCUUCCCUCAAGGAGGUCACUUACAACCCUACAUAUGACACCAUGUUUGCACCGGAGUUUGGUCCGGUGAAUCCAUUUAAAACCCAGCAGAUGUUGGCCCCCAGGAACAUGUUGUCUGGCUAUGCAGAGCCUGCCCACGUCAACGAUUUCAUGUUUGAGCAGCAAAGAAGGACUUUCUCCACAUUUGGGUAUGCUCUGGACCCAUCAGUGGACAGCAGUCAAGUCACAGGCAGCAGCUUCAUCGGAGCUGUGGAGGAGGCUGAAAAGAACAAAGGAUUGACUGUGUUUGAGGCAGGCGCAAAGAAAACUGAGAAGAGGAAAAAAGUAAAAGGGAGCGAUGCCUCCAACAUUGAUGGCUUUCUGGGGCCGUGGGCAAAAUACGUGGAUGAAAAAGACGUAGCCAAACCAUCAGAAGAAGAACAGAAGGAACUGGAUGAGAUAACAGCCAAGAGACAGAAGAAAGGCAAACAUGAGGAGGAGGCACCUGCAGACGAAAAGACAAUCCUUCACGUCAAAGACAUGUACGACUACCAGGGAAGGUCAUACCUUCAUGUCCCCCAGGAUGUUGGCAUCAACCUGCGCUCUGCUGAUGUCCCAGAGAAAUGCUACUUACCCAAAAAGCAGAUUCACGUCUGGUCUGGGCACACAAAGGGUGUCAGUGCCAUCAGGUUGUUUCCCACUUCUGGUCAUCUGUUGCUGUCUUGCUCAAUGGACUGCAAAAUCAAGUUGUGGGAGGUGUACAAUGAAAGAAGGUGUUUCCGAACAUUUAUCGGUCAUAGUAAAGCUGUACGUGAUAUCUGCUUCAAUAAUGCCGGCACACAGUUCCUUAGUGCAGCAUAUGACCGGUAUCUCAAACUUUGGGACACAGAAACAGGACAGUGCAUUUCAAGAUUCACAAACAGGAAGGUCCCGUACUGUGUCAAGUUCAAUCCUGAUGAAGACAAACAAAGCCUCUUUGUGGCUGGAAUGUCAGAUAAGAAAAUAGUUCAGUGGGACAUCCGGUCAGGGGAAGUUGUUCAGGAGUACGAUAGGCAUCUCGGAGCUGUCAACACGAUCACUUUUGUGGAUGAGAACAGGCGCUUUGUCAGUACUUCUGAUGACAAAAGUCUUCGAGUCUGGGAAUGGGACAUUCCUGUUGACUUCAAGUAUAUUGCAGAGCCAAGCAUGCAUUCAAUGCCCGCUGUAACUUUGUCACCAAAUGGUAAGUGGCUUGCUUGCCAGUCAAUGGACAACCAGAUUCUCAUCUUUGGAGCACAGAACAGAUUUAGACUGAACAAGAAGAAAAUCUUUAAGGGCCACAUGGUUGCUGGCUAUGCCUGUCAAGUGGAUUUUUCACCAGAUAUGAGCUACGUGGUUUCAGGAGAUGCUGAUGGGAAGCUGAACAUUUGGGACUGGAAAACAACAAAGCUGUAUCAUCGUAUCAAAGCCCACGAUAAAGUGUGCAUCAGCGCACUCUGGCACCCACAUGAAACUUCUAAAGUUAUCACAUGUGGCUGGGAUGGGCAGAUUAAGCUCUGGGACUGAAGUGGAUACUUGGAAACAUCGCAAAUACGGGAUCUGAUCAAUGCCUUCCGUUGACUGCCAUUAAUGUUUUCCUUGGUGAAAAAGGUGACCACCAAAAAAAUCCAUCAAGAUUUGUAGGGCUGGCAUCCAGUCCUUCUGUGAAAGUCUUUUUUUCCAUAAGUAUUAUUGUCAUUUACAGACAGCAGUGACACUGAGAAAAGAGAAUAUGUCAGGCUGUUGUGCUUGUCUGUAUUUUUACUUUUUUAAUUAAAGUGGUAGAAAAUGAUUUGGUCAUAAGACAGUUAACCACUCUUUAUCGCAGAUUAUACUGGGUUUGUUGCAAUUUUAAAGUUGUGAAAAAUCCACUGUCAACUCCUAUCUGUGCUAUUUUUUGUCUCAAUAAAGUUUCAUAUGUUUCUA